GACUGUAUUUGGAAACCAACAGACUCGGUCUCGACCCUUAAAAGACUCGGCCUUGACUCGGACUCGGCAUAGGCAGUCUCGUCCCCAUCACUAAGAAUUGCCAUCUUGUACCGUAAACCAGCUCAGUGACCACGCUGACCCAGGUUCAAGUCUGACCUGAGACACAGAUUAUCAUGACUAGGUCUGUAUGACCGACCCAAGCAGAAGCCCUACACUACCUCUCAAAGAUGCUUUGCACAGUGCUCUUCCUAGACGGUAGUGUGAGGGAGUGGAACCUACUGAGCAGUGCUAUUGGCCAGGAGCUUUUUGAUGAAGUAUGUGACCACCUCAACUUACUGGAGAGAGAUUAUUUUGGCCUGGCCAUCUUUGACUCACCAAGUACAAAGACAUGGCUUGAUGUUUCAAAACAAAUCAGCAAGCAGUUCAAAAGUAUACAUGCCCAGUUUGCUUUCAGUGUGAAGUUCUACCCUCCAAAUCCAGCUCAGCUAUGCGAAGAUCUAACCAGAUACUUGCUGUGUCUGCAGAUCCGUCGGGAUCUUUUAACCAGGCGGUUGCCAUGCCAAUCAGUGACUCUGAUUGCACUGGGCUCAUGCGUCCUCCAGUCAGAGUUCGGCCCAUAUGACCCAGUUCGUCAUGGCGACACAUACACCAACAACCUAUACCUGGCACCCAAUCAGAAUGAAGAGCUGCUGAAGAGAAUGAGGGAGCAACAUGCCACCUAUGGCUCUAUGUCACCUGCUCAAGCUGAUCUCUUGUUCCUGCAGAAUGCUAGUCAACUUCCGAUGUAUGGAAUAGACCGUCAUCCGGCCAAGGAUUCAGAUGGAGAAGAUGUUGUCUUAGGUGUGAACUCUGAGGGCAUACUCUUAUACAGAGAUGAUAUGGUCGAGAGCAAAUACCUGUGGCCCAGAGUUCUGAAGAUCUCAUACAAGCACUCCAAGUUCUUUAUCAGAACACACCCAUCAGAGGGAUCUGUAUGGACUUUAUGUUUUACCUUGGCCAGCAAUCGUGUAUGCAAAUCCCUCUGGAAAGUAGCAACGGAGCAUCAUAGCUUCUUCAGGCUCCCAUCUGUUGAAAUCUCCCGCAGACGAUUACUGGCUUUACGUACUCAGUUCCGUUACCGUGGACGCACGGAAGCGGAAUCUCUUCAGGCCAGUUCUGAAAUAGCCCGGUCCAAACCAGCUUUUCCAAGAAAACUCACAGCAAGAUCCACUUCAUUGGAUAUUCUCACCCACACAAGCCAGCCUGAGCCUGAUGACUGGUUCCUGAUGUUGGAUUCUAUUCCCCCGAAAGCCCUCUAUACCAAAGCUAAUACCGAAAUAUCCCAAGAGGACCUGGAACAGGAUGCUGAAGACCCCUGUGAUGGUAGUGUGGAGGGAGAGGCGCAGGAGGAUGAGGUCAUGGAGGAGGUAGCUGAAGAUGAGGAGAUCAUGGAGGAGAAAACAGAGGCGAUACAACAGGAAGGAGAGAUACUGGAAAUAAGACAAGUGAAGGAAGUGAAGAUUGUGAGGAAAAUAACACGAGAAGUCAGGACUGUGGGAGGUCAACUGAAAGAAAGCAAAGACUUGGACAUUUUAGAGGAGAGAGAGGAGAGAGAAGCCUAUGAGUCUGGAGUCCUAAAGGAGAGACUGAGGCAGGGUGGAACUGUGGACCAAAGACUACAGGGAAUGUGUAUACCAUGGAAAGAUGUGCAGAGAGAUGAUUGGUAUAUCUUGUUUGAUAAGCAACCGCCUAUGUUUUACCCAACAUUUGCAGUUAAACAGUCACGUAUAUUGGACCAACAGCAAGAAUUAGUUGCUCGCAUUACAAAGCUAGAAGGACUGGACAUUUACGGUGAAGCAGAGCAAGAAUGGGAGAUUGUGGAGGAACCGCAGGAAAAAAUAGUGGAAGAAGGAGAGCUGGAGGGAGAGACUGUGGAAAUACGACGGCAAAAGUUCAAGAUUAUACGAAAACGAAUGCAGGAGGUUAUGGUUGAGGAAGAAGAGCUCCCUCUUCAAGAAGAUAUCGUGGAUGAGAUACAGCAGCAAAUAGAAGCUAUUCAAGAGCACUUAGAGGAACUGGUGGAAGUGGAGGAGCAGCAGCUGGAGCUGGAGGUUUUGAAAGAAAGGCUACAAGAAGUCGACCUCUUGGAGUACAAAGUACAGCAGAUGGAACAGCAAACGAAUGUGGAAACAACAGUAGAUGACUGGUUUUUCCUACUGGACAAACUGCCAUAUAUUAUCCAUAGUGCACCAUUAGCAGUACAGUCCAGUGUGGAUGAGAAGGAGUCCCUGGAGAUGGCCGAGAUGGGUCAGAGAACAGAGGAGGCCGUGUUCAUCACAAGGGAGAGAUCAGAGGAGCGGGUGGUUAAAGAAGGGAUGGAGGAGAGUGUCGUCAACAUAGAGACAGGAGUCAUCACUGAGCCAAUCACAUUACAGAACAAUACUUACUCCGUUCGGGACAUUGAUGAUGAUUGGUUCCUGCUUUUGGAACCAGUCCCUCUGGAGGCUCGGCUAACAGUGGGAGAUGUCGAGCCCUACACAACGGGGCCCAUCUAUGAGCCUGAACAAGAGAGAAUGCUGGAAGAGGAGAGCAGUGAUGAAGAGGAAAUAGUCGAGGGUCUUGAUGUUUCCGAGACGACUGUUGAACAAAUCGCAUUAGAGAAGACAGAACCAGUGGUCCGAUAUAUUGAGGAUGAUUGGUUCACGCUUUUUGACCAAGUUUUUGUGCCAAUAAAGACUCCUCCCCCAGUUGUGUGGGAGACUCUGGAAGGCCCUGCUGGCAUCAGCACCAUCUCCGUGGAGAUGAAGGAUGAGGAGGAGAGAGAUGAGGAGAUGAUGGAGGAAUGGACACAAAGGCCGAAGCCAGAGGUGGUGGAGUUUAGCAGAGUACAGGAGCCGACACCCACAUUUGCGCCCAGAGAUGUGGAGGAUGACUGGUACUCUGAACUGGAAAUUCCUCAUAAAGAAACAGUGAGAGUCGUUGAGCCCUACACAAUGGAAACCAGAAGAGAAGUGGAGGUGUACCAGUCUGAGGAAGGGACAUCAUUUGAAAGUACAACCGUAAUCACAAAGGAGAUGACUACCCUUGUGACAAUCACAGAGGAGAGAAGAGAGAUGAAAGUGACUAUUAUGGAAGAGAGAGACGUUUAUGCUGAAAGCCCUGGAGACUACAUCACAUUAGAGGUGAAACCUCCAGUUGCAGUUUGGCACGUUGUGGAUGACUGGUUCAUGCUUUUGGAACCGACCCCAGUGGAAGUAAAGCCCUCCCCUGCAGUUUCGUGGGAGCAAGAACCGGCUGUUCCAGCUGAGGAGCAGACAGAUGGAGAACGGAUGGUGAGGAUGGAGAAGAGGACAGAAACACAGGAACAAAGGAUGGUGGAGGUGAAAGAGGUCCAGCCAGUCAUUCAGGAGCAGAGACCCACGUUCACUCCCAGAGAGGUGGAGAAUGACUGGUACACCCUACUGGACGUUCCUCCCAAAGAAACAGUGUGGGUCGCCCCACAGUAUGUGGAGGAGACUCAGGUGAGAGAGAGAGAGGAGGUGGAGAGAACGGUGAAGAGAGUGAGGAUUUCAAAGGAGGAAGUGGUGGUCAUAGAAGAGAGAGAAGAACCUGCACAGAGGCCUGCUGUGGUCAUUCAGGAGCGACCAGUGGUUCCACGGGAAAUUGAAGAUGAUUGGUUCUUAUUGAUGGAAUCAGUUCCUGUGGAAGUAAAGACUCAACCUCCAGUUUGGGCCACGAAGAGACUGGUGAGAGAGAGAGAGGAGGUGGAGAGAACGGUGAAGAGAGUGAGGAUUUCAGAGGAGGAAGUGGUGGUCAUAGAAGAGAGAGAAGAAGCUGCACAGAGGCCUGCUGUGGUCAUUCAGGAGCGACCAGUGGUUCCUCGGGAAAUUGAAGAUGAUUGGUUCUCAUUAAUGGAAUCAGUUCCUGUGGAUGUAAAGACUCCACCUUCAGUGGCAUGGGAGCGAAUGCAGCCUCCUCCAGAGGUCUCUAGAGUGACUGUGGACACAAGGGCAAAGCAAGAGGAAGAAAGGAUCAGAGUGGAGGAGAUGAGAGUGAUGGAGAGGGAAAUGAAAGGAGUCCAGCCAACCAUUCAGCAGCUGACACCCACGUUUACUCCCAGAGAAGUGGAUGAUGUCUGGUACACUCUACUGGAGGUCCUCCCUAGAGAAACAGUUGGAGUGAAAGAGGAUGUGAUGAAAACAGUGAGGCGGGAGGAGAGAGUCACUGAGCGGGUGACCAUCAUAGAAGAACAAAGGGUCGUCAUUGAGAAGCCCACAGUGCAAGUCCAACCACAGAUGCAACAGCCAGCGGUUGUUCGUGAGAUUGAUGAUGAUUGGUUCAAACUUUUGGAUGCCGUUCCUCUGCAAGAACGUUCUGUUCCCUCAGUCGAGAUGAGGAGACCUGUUGAUGUCUCUAAGACAAAAAUGGUGGAGAGGCCGAGACCAGAGAAGGAGAAAGAAAGACUUGGAGAGCAGGAGAUACAGAGGGUCCCACAGAAAAUAUUUGUGGGUGUUUGGGAAAUUGAAGAUGACUGGUUCAAACUUUGGGACAAAACUAUUCUGCAUGCAGACACAAGAGCUGCAGUGGUCUCCAAGCCUGCCGAGCACAGAGCUGUGGAGAGGGAGAGGAUUGAGAGAGGAGGAGUGAGGGAGAGAGAGAGGGUGAAAGAGGAAGACAUGCGAAAGAGAGUUACAAUCACAGAGGUGACGCGAGUGAGAACAGUACAGGAGAGAGCACCACCAGCUGUUCGCCACAUUGACGAUGACUGGUACAUACUUCUGGAUAAGGUUUCUGUGGAAUAUCCAGCUCCCCCUAGAGUUGCUCCUGUCAUCCCCCCCACCCCUGCAAAGAGGCCUGUUCCCGUAGACCAACCCCUGACCUCCACUCCCACCACACACCCCGCCCCCAUCAUCAAAUACACCCCCGAGGUGAAGAGGCAAGAGACUCAAGUCAUCGUGGAGGAGAAAACAAAGGAGGAUGAGGAGCUGACCCUUAUCAGGAGGAAGACACAGAGGAUCGUGGGAGAGAACAUCUACAUCAGACACAGUAUUCUCAUGUUAGAGGACUUUGAUGUGACUCAGGAGGUGGUGUUGCGUCGCCGUGCCAGCAUCAAUGAACUGAAGCGAAUUUUCCUAGAGGCGGAGCCGGAGUAUCACCUCAGCGAAUGGGACAAGCACUUGUCAAUCUGUCACCUGGACACCCACACACAACUCAUUAGCAUGGAGGAGUGGUCGAGAGAAAGUGUGUCUAUCAUGUAAGGAAACUCCAAUGCUCCGGAAACUUCUAAUCAACUGAUCCGAUGUCAUGCAAGGGAUCCUUCAUCAGUCAGAGACUUGAUUCUAGCCGAGGAAUCGACCAUUAAUACUUCAUAGUUUUAGUAUUAUCCUGUUAUUGAAAUUAUUUUCAUAGUUUUUUUUAUUGUUUGUCUGAUGACUUCCAUUUACAAUUUGACCUUUGUUCACCCUGGUAAUUCUAGAUAUUCUAGAUAAAAAUGCAAUAUGAUUAUGUCAAGUCAGUAGAAUUCAUAGCACUCAAUGGAUCACAAAUAAUUGAUUGGAAUGUGUGGGUUUAUUUUUGCUCAUUGUCAAUUGAAAUUUACAAAUAAAUGAGGUGUGUUGGAGUAAAUUGAAA